GAGCGGGUGUCCGUGCGCCGGCCUCGCCGAGACCACAGACACCCGCAGCCGGCCGCGCAGUGCCACGCCACGCCGGACCCCGAGCGGGAAGCCAGGCUGCGCGCGUCCAGCCGCGGCGCGGGGAGAGCCCGGAGGCGGGGGCCGGCAGGAGGACAGCGGCUGCAGGGCGGCCGGGGAGCAUGCCCACGCAGCCCAGCUGAAUGGCGCCUUCUCUGCGACCCCUCGCCCGGCUGCGACCGCCAGGGAUGCUGCUCCGCGCGCUCCUGCUCCUGCUGCUCCUCGGCUCCGGUCCAGGAGUGUGGUGCUUUAGUGAACUGUUUUUUAUAAAAGAACCACAGGAUGUAACUGUCACAAGAAAGGACCCAGUCGUUUUAGAUUGCCAGGCUCAUGGAGAAGUUCCCAUUAAGGUCACAUGGUUGAAAAAUGGAGCAAAAGUGUCUGAAAAUAAACGGAUCCAGGUCCUGUCUAACGGCUCGUUAUACAUCAGUGAAGUGGAAGGCAAGCGAGGAGAGCAGUCUGAUGAAGGAUUUUAUCAGUGCUUGGCAGUGAACAAAUAUGGAGCCAUUCUUAGUCAAAAAGCACAUCUUACGUUGUCAACUAUUUCUGCAUUUGAAGUUCAGCCAGUUUCUACUGAGGUCCAUGAAGGUGGAGUUGCUAGAUUUGCAUGCAAGAUUUCUUCAAACCCUCCUGCAAUCAUAACAUGGGAAUUCAAUCGGACAACCCUACCUGUAACUUUGGACAGGAUAACAGCCCUACCAACAGGAGUAUUGCAGAUCUAUGAUGUUGGCCAAAGGGAUGCUGGAAAUUAUCGUUGUGUUGCUGCUACUGUGGCCCAUAGACGUAAAAGUAUGGAGGCCUCUCUAACAGUGAUUCCAGUUGAAGAGUCUAAUUCCUUCUACACACCAACCAUUAUAGCAGGCCCACAGAACAUAACAACGUCUCUUCAUCAGACUGUUGUUUUGGAAUGCGUGGCCACGGGAAAUCCUAAACCAAUCAUUUCUUGGAGCCGCCUUGAUCAUAAGUCCAUUGAUGUCUUUAACACUCGGGUACUUGGAAAUGGUAAUCUCAUGAUAUCUGAUGUCAGACUGCAACAUGCUGGAGUGUACGUUUGUCGGGCCACAACCCCAGGCACACGCAACUUUACUGUUGCUAUGGCAACUUUAACUGUAUUAGCUCCUCCUUCAUUUGUUGAAUGGCCAGAAAGUUUAACAAGGCCUCGAGCUGGCACUGCUCGAUUUGUAUGUCAAGCAGAAGGAAUCCCCUCACCCAAAAUGUCAUGGUUGAAAAAUGGGAGGAAGAUACAUUCUAAUGGUAGAAUUAAAAUGUACAACAGUAAAUUGGUAAUUAACCAGAUUAUUCCUGAAGAUGAUGCCAUUUAUCAGUGCAUGGCUGAAAACAGCCAAGGAUCUAUUUUAUCUAGAGCCAGACUGACCGUAGUAAUGUCGGAAGACAGACCCAGUGCUCCCUACAAUGUGCAUGCUGAAACCAUGUCAAGUUCAGCCAUCCUUUUAGCUUGGGAGAGGCCACUUUAUAAUUCAGACAAAGUCAUCGCUUAUUCUGUGCACUAUAUGAAAGCAGAAGGUUUAAAUAAUGAAGAGUAUCAAGUAGUCAUUGGAAAUGACACAACUCAUUAUAUUAUUGAUGACUUAGAACCUGCUAGCAAUUACACUUUCUACAUCGUGGCAUAUAUGCCAAUGGGAGCCAGCCAGAUGUCUGACCACGUGACGCAGAAUACUUUAGAGGAUGUUCCCUUGAGACCUCCUGAAAUUAGUUUGACAAGUCGAAGUCCUACUGACAUCCUCAUCUCCUGGCUGCCGAUCCCAGCCAAGUAUCGGCGGGGCCAAGUGGUCCUGUAUCGCCUGUCCUUCCGCCUCAGUACUGAGAAUUCCAUCCAAGUUCUGGAGCUCCCAGGGACCACACAUGAGUACCUUCUGGAGGGCUUGAAACCUGAUAGUGUCUACCUGGUGCGGAUCACUGCUGCUACCAGAGUGGGGCUGGGAGAGUCGUCAGUGUGGACUUCACAUCGGACACCCAAAGCCACAAGUGUGAAAGCCCCUAAAUCUCCAGAGUUACAUUUGGAGCCUCUGAAUUGUACCACCAUUUCUGUGAAGUGGCAGCAAGAUGCUGAGGACACAGCAGCCAUUCAGGGCUACAAACUGUACUACAAAGAAGAAGGGCAGCAGGAAAAUGGACCCAUUUUCUUAGACACCAGUGACCUUCUCUAUACUCUCAGUGGUUUAGACCCCAGAAGAAAAUACCACGUGAGGCUACUGGCUUACAACAACAUAGAAGAUGGCUAUCAGGCAGACCAGACAGUCAGCACUCCAGGAUGCGUGUCUGUUCGUGAUCGCAUGGUUCCUCCUCCACCACCACCCCACCAUCUCUAUGCGAAGGCUAACACCUCAUCUUCCAUCUUCCUGCACUGGAGGAGGCCUGCAUUCACCACUGCACAAAUAAUUAACUACACCAUCCGCUGUAACCCUGUCGGCCUGCAGAACGCUUCUUUGGUUCUAUACCUUCAAACAUCAGAAACUCACAUGUUAGUUCAGGGUCUAGAACCCAACACCAAAUAUGAAUUUGCUGUACGAUUGCAUGUGGAUCAGCUUUCCAGUCCCUGGAGCCCUGUUGUCUACCAUUCUACGCUUCCAGAAGCCCCAGCAGGCCCACCGGUUGGAGUAAAAGUGACCUUGAUAGAGGAUGACACUGCUCUGGUUUCUUGGAAACCCCCUGAUGGCCCAGAGACCGUGGUCACACGGUAUACCAUCUUGUAUGCGUCCAGGAAGGCCUGGAUUGCAGGAGAAUGGCAGGUCCUACACCGAGAAGGGGCAAUAACCAUGGCUUUGCUAGAAAACCUGGUGGCAGGAAAUGUGUACAUUGUCAAGAUAUCUGCAUCAAAUGAGGUGGGAGAAGGACCCUUUUCAAAUUCUGUGGAACUGGCAGUCCUUCCAAAGGAAACCUCUGAGUCAAAUCAGAGGCCCAAGCGUUUGGAUUCUGCUGAUGCCAAAGUUUAUUCAGGGUAUUACCAUCUGGACCAGAAAUCGAUGACUGGCAUUGCUGUGGGCGUUGGCAUAGCCUUGACCUGCAUCCUCAUCUGCAUUCUCAUCCUGAUAUACAGAAGUAAAGCCAGGAAAUCAUCUGCUUCCAAGACGGCACAGAAUGGAACUCAACAGUUACCUCGUACUAGUGCCUCCCUAGCCAGUGGAAAUGAAGUAGGAAAGAACCUAGAAGGAGCUGUAGAAAAUGAAGAAUCCUUAAUGCCAAUGAUAAUGCCAAACAGCUUCAUUGAUGCAAAGGGAGGAACUGAUCUUAUAAUUAAUAGCUAUGGUCCUAUAAUUAAAAACAACUCUAAGAAAAAAUGGCUUUUUUUCCAAGAUUCCAAGAAGACAAAAGUUGAACAGCCUCAAAGAAGAUUUGCUCAAGCGGUCUGCUUUUACCAGCCAGGCACUACUGUGUUAAUCAGCGAUGAAGACUCUCCCAGCUCCCCAGGUCAGACAGCCAGCUUCCCAAGACCCUUUGGUGUUGUAGCUGAUACUGAGCAUUCAGCGAAUAGUGAAGGCAGCCACGAGACUGGGGAUUCUGGGAGGUUCUCCCACGAGUCCAAUGAUGAGAUACACCUGUCCUCAGUUAUAAGCACCACGCCCCUGACCUCCAGUUCCUUUGCUGGCAGUGAUUCAGGUGGAGAUCCCUCAGCGAGGAAGGGUGAAGACCCUGCAGUGCCGCUAGAUGCUGAGCAAAUGUCCCCUUCAGUUCUGCAGCCACCAUCGGCCAUGCUACGCUUUGAUAAGAAUGAUUUUCCAAUCUAGAGAGCCAUGUUCAGGUAUUCUCGCCUUUAAGUCUGUUCCAAGGACAAUGAACAGGGAGCCAAAGCCUUUUGUGAAAAUUUGGAUGUCUUAUUGGGUAUUUCAGCUUUUUUUUUUUUGAAUGUGUUUUGUUUUUUAUUUUUAAACUCACGUAUUUUGAAUGUUUGUCAGCAAUGUGAAAAGACAGUCAAGAUAUUUGACUGGAUUAUAAAAUAUAUCACUGGAGCAAAGGGAAGACUUUUGAAAGCCCCUUUGCUGACUAUCUACCUCAGUUUGCCAGAUGGCAAACUCAGAAGACAACUUAGUUACCUCGUUUAUUGUGAUAGUUUAUCUCAGCUACAUAACCAAUGAUACUUCCUAGUAGCAUUUUGUUUUCAUUGCUGUGUGUGUAGUGUGUGUGAUCAAAGGAGUCAUAUAGGUAUAUGGGUAAGAAUGUUUAUCUGAAGCUCUGAUUUUUUUAAAGAAAGCUGUGACAUCUGCAUGGUUUGGAUAAUUUAAUACCUCUGGCUGUGCAGACUGUCAAACCACAGAGAAGAGAAAAAGUGGGACUGUUGAUUUUAAUGAAUGAUCAAAACAAAGAAAGUGUCUCUCUUUUGAGAAUAGAACUAUUCAGUAGCAUAUAGAGAAUACUAUUGUUUCAAGGGCCUUUAUGUUUUGGGCAUUAGAGUCUGAGUGCUUUAUCUGCUGUAUCUCAACCUCAGCCUGCCUAGAGCCGUGCCUUUUCCCCCUUCCCCUUUGCCUGACAGUUGGCCAAAGGCCGCACUGUGUAGUUUGCAAAGCAUCCUCAAUAUUUCCAGAAUUAGUUGUAAACCUCCAUGCAGAAAACAGAUUUUUAAAGAGAAUCAGUUAGGCUUUUGGUUUUGUUUUUAAUCCCACCUUGGCUUUAAAAAAAAGGGGGGGUAAAGAAAUUUCAUAAAAUUUUAAGAAUAAAGAUAAAUGCAACAGUAGACCAUAAAAUGAA